AUGUUGAAAUCUCGCGCGCUUUUUUUCAGAAAAACCAACCAAUCAAGUAUCCUUUUCGGUUUAUCAAUCUACCUUCCCUUUUCUUCCUCAUUUGUUGAAAGAUUCUCGCAAUAUUUGACUACGAUUUCUAGCAAUGCAAACUCAAGCUACCCCAAUUGUAAAUUUUUAUUCUUCCAUCACCUAAACAACCAACGAUUGGAUGAAGCUCGUGAGGUGUUAAACAAAAUCCCAUUCCCUGGGGUGCAUUUAUACACCAUGAUGAUUGAUGGGUAUGCUCAAAAUAAUCGACUUGAUGAAGCAAUCCAACUGUUCGAGAAAAUGCCGGUGAGAGAUACCGUUUCUUGGAAUUCAAUGAUUAAAGGGUGUUUGAAUUGUGGGGAUUUAAUCACGGCCAGGAAGCUUUUCGAUGAAAUGCCUGGACGGAAUGUUGUUUCUUGGACGACAAUUGUAAACGGAUACUUGCAGUUUGAGGAAAUCGAGGUGGCUGAAAGGUUGUUUUUUGAGAUGCCGGUGAAGGAUGUCGCAGCUUGGAAUUCAAUGAUUUAUGGAUAUUUGAAGUUCGGGAGAGUUGAUGAUGCGGUUAAUUUGUUCGGGAAGAUGCCAUCUAGGAAUGUGAUUUCAUGGACUUCAAUGAUUGAUGGGUUGGAUUAUAAUGGGAGAACUGAUGAAGCUUUAAUCUUUUAUAAAAAGAUGGCUGCUUCUGGUGUUCAACAGAGUUCAAACACGCUUUCUUGCGUGUUGAAAGCUUGUGCAAAUGUAAUGGCUUUGCAUUUGGGUGUUCAGAGCCAUGGUCAAAUUGUUAAGUUUGGAUUCUGUUUUGAUGAAUUUGUAUGCACUUCGCUUUUAACUUUUUAUGCUAAGUGCAAGCAAAUGGAAAAUGCUUCCAAGGUUUUCAAUGAGAAACUGCAUGACAACGUGGUAAUAUGGACAGCUCUCGUAACUGGUUAUGGCUUGAACCAUAAGCAUCGAUCCGCAUUGAUGGUUUUUAGAGACAUGAUACAAAUGGCUGUCCUACCGAAUCAAUCAUCUUUCACUAGUGCCUUGAAUUCAUGCAGUGGAUUAGAGGCUCUGGACAAGGGUAAAGCGAUCCAUGCUGUGGCCGUCAAGCUAGGUCUGAACUCUGAUAUAUUUGUUGGUAAUUCUCUGGUUGUAUUGUAUACUGUGUGUGGGAAUAUUAAUGAUGCUGUAGCUGCAUUCAAUAAUAUUGGUGUGAAAAAUGAUGUCUCGUGGAACUCCAUUAUUGUUGGAUCUGCACAGCAUGGUCAAGGUAUGUUGGCUCUCACACUCUUUACUCAAAUGAUACGCCAUGAAGUUGAUCCAGACGAGAUUACAUUCACGGGGUUGCUCUCUGCUUGCAGCCAUUCUGGAAUGUUGCAAAAGGCCAGAUGCUUUUUCGAGUAUAUUAGUCGAUAUAAAUCCACUGUGAUAAAACUUCCGCACUAUGUUUGUAUGGUUGAUGUCCUGGGUAGAUGUGGGAAAUUGGAAGAAGCGGAGGAGCUAAUUUAUAAUAUGCAGGUAAAGCCUAAUUCUAUAGUUUGGCUAGCUUUGCUUAGUGCUUGUAGGAUGCAUUCUAACUUAGGAGUGGCUGAAAGAGCUGCGAGAUCUAUUCUUGAUCUUGAACCGAAUUGCAGUGCUGCUUAUGUUUUGUUGUCGAAUAUAUAUGCUUCUGCUGGUAAAUGGAGUGAUGUCUCGAGAAUGAGAGUACGGAUGAAACAAAGAGGGGUCGUGAAACAACCGGGUUGCAGUUGGGUUACUUUGAGGGGAAUCCGACACGAGUUUGUUUGUGCAGAUAGGUCUCACCCUCUUACUGAGAAAAUAUAUGAAAAGCUGGAUUGGUUGGGAGGAAAGUUGAAGGAGGUUGGCCAUGUUCCGGAUGAGAGGUUUGCACUUCAUGAUGUGGAGGAGGAGCAAAAGCAAGAGAUGUUGUCAUAUCACAGCGAGAGGCUUGCCAUUGCAUUUGGAUUGGUGGCUACUGCGGAGGGUGGAGCAAUAACGGUGAUGAAGAAUCUUCGUGUAUGUGGCGAUUGUCACGGUGCCAUUAAGCUCAUUGCAAAGAUUGUUGGUCGGGAGAUCAUAGUAAGAGAUUCUACACGGUUUCAUCACUUUAGAAAUGGGAUGUGCUCUUGUGGGGACUAUUGGUAGCAAAUUACAAAGGUUUUUCAUAUUCAAAAACAUCUUGAUCUUUCGAAACAACCUUGUAAUUAGCUGAUUCAGAUGGUGAUGUUGAGAUCUUUUGAUGGUCUAGU